AAGUUGGUGAAAUAGUGUACAUUAUCACGACGCGCGCGCGCAUACAUAUAUAUAUAUAUUCACUCCUCAAGGGUCACCGUAUUCUUGUCAACAAAGAUCAAAGAUCGUUACAAUCAUUUGUCACGCAUGGCACUCGUUUCACAGACCGGUUCAUCAUCCUGCAUUCACUUCUCUUCCGUACCGCCCUACACUGCUAGGAAGAAGAAGAUUUCAUAUGCAUACAAUGCAGGAGUGGGGAAGAUGAAACCGCGACCCAGUGUGAUAGUUGCUGCAAGUCCUCCCGCAGAAGCUGCUGUAAUAGCUACCGAGCCACUGACAAAAGAGGAUCUUAUAGGGCAUCUUGCCUCUGGAUGUAAGCCUAAGGAAAAAUGGAGAAUUGGCACUGAACAGGAGAGGUUUGGCUUUGAUCUGAAAACUUUAAGUCCUAUGACAUACGAACACAUUGCUAAGUUACUUAAUGGGAUUGCUGAGAGGUUUGAUUGGGAAAAAAUUAUGGAAGGGGACAACAUUAUUGCACUUAAACAGGGUAAGCAAAGCAUAACGCUGGAGCCAGGAGGUCAAUUUGAGCAUAGUGGUGCACCUCUUGAAACUCUGCAUCAAAUUUGUGCUGAAGUCAAUUCACAUCUUUAUCAGGUUAAAGAAGUUCUAAACGAAAUGGGAAUCGGAUUGAUGGAUAUUGGUUGUCAGCCGAAGUGGGAAGUUAAAGACAUACCUAUGAUGCCUAAGGAAAGAUAUGAGAUCAUUAGGAAUUACAUGCCCAAAGUUGGCUCUCUUGGACUUGAUUUGAUGUUCAGGACUUGCACUGCACAGGUUAAUCUGGACUUUAGUUCUGAAGUGGGCAUGAUAAAGAAACUUCGCGCUAGUCUUGCUUUGCAGCCUGUGCGAACACUGAACUUGUUUUCGGUGUACAUUUUUCUGCUUAUAUGGUAUCUAGCUUUUCAACAAAUGGAACAGAUUGUAACAGCUCUAUUUGCAAAUUCACCUUUCACUGAAGGAAAGCCAAAUGGUUUUCUUAGCAUGAGACGGUUUCUUUGAUUCUGAA